GGGUUGUAAAAGAUGGCGGAUUGGCAGCGACGGCAUAAAUGGUGCAGGUCCACUCCGCCUGGGGGUGACUGUAAUAAUGAAGCUAGAAGCGCGACGGAAGAAUCUUCCUUUAUGACAUCCAUGGAGUGGGACACGCAGGUGGUGAAGGGAUCCUCCCCUCUCGGCCCUGCAAGGCUGGAGGCGGAGGAGCCAGCCCCUCUCCCGCAGCUGCCCGGGUGGCUGGAGCCCGAGAGGUGCGCUGUGUUCCAGUGCGCGCAGUGCCACGCCGUGUUUGCCGACUCCGUGCACCUCGCCUGGGACCUGUCGCAGUCUCUUGGGGCCGUGGUCUUCUCCAGAGUCACAAAUAACGUCCUUUUGAAAGAGCCCUUCCUGGUUGGCAUUGAAGGUUCACUUAAAGGCAGCACUUACAACCUUUUAUUCUGUGGUCCCUGUGGCAUUCCCAUUGGUUUCCAUCUAUAUUCUACUCAUGCUGCCCUGGCUGCCUUGAGAGGUCACUUCUGCCUUUGCAGUGAGAAAAUGGUGUGCUAUCUCUUAAAAACAAAAGCCAUAGUAAAUGCAUCUGAGGUGGAUAUUCACAAUGUACCUCUACCAGAAAAGAUUGCAGAGCUGAAAGAAAAGAUAAUGUUAACGCAUACUCGCUUAAAUUCGCUGAUGAAGAUUCUGGAGGAAGUGACUCUUAAUCAGUCUAAGCCAGAAAACUGAUCCAGAACCAAGGCUCAAGUAUCAGCUUCAGGCUUCAUUGCUGUCUUCAAUAACAGGUGCUGUCUUCAAUAACUUCUUGAAAACGAUUGGCUUAAAGAAUGAGCAGGGGUGUAGUUAAUUAUGUUUACUGCUAGACUGAUUUUUUUCCAACUGGUUUGUGAAGCUGUUUUUAGAUUAGAAAUGAAGGAGUUUUCUGUCCAGGUUUCAUAGCUAUUUGCCUUAAGAACUUAAUUUA